GACGCGUUUUUUGAUGUGGAAUCAUGUCGGGAGUUGGUCUGCUGUGUCGUGUAGGAUUGCGACGGUUCGUACCUGGAAGCAUCCUUAAUUCAGUUCUCGGGGCAGCGGAGCCUGCGGAAGUUGGAGUUAGACGGCAGGGUCUGUGGUUUGUCACAGUUCGACAUAUUAUUUACAAUAGCACAUGGUGGGAUGAGCAACUUUCAGAAGAAAAUGUUGAGUUCCUUAAGAAACUUUCAACAGAAGAAUAUAAAACUCAAACUGCUAGUAAACUUUGUCCUCUGAAAGAUGAGCCAUGGCCUCUGAACUCAUGGGAGCCAGGUUCUAAAAGAGUCGGUAUUAUUGCAGUAAAGUUGGGAAUGAUGCCAUUAUGGACUAAGCAGGGUAAAAAAAUACCUGUCACAAUGCUUCAGGUUCAAGACUGCCAUGUUAUUAAAUACACACCCAAAGAAGAAUUUGAUGGGAAAACUCCCAGUCUAACUGUUGGGGGGAAAAAUGUGUCUGAAUUCCAUAGAAGUUCUUCUGUCAUGGAAAUAUACAGAGAACUAGGGCUUCCACCAAAACAGAAAACUUCAAUAUUUCGAGUGUCACCUAAUGCUGUCAUUAAGCCAGGUACACCUCUGUAUGCAGCUCAUUUCCGCCCAGGGCAGUACGUGGACAUCACUGCUAAAACAAUUGGCAAAGGUUUCCAAGGAGUCAUGAAAAGAUGGGGAUUUUCUGGCCAGCCUGCUUCCCAUGGCCAAACUAAAACACAUAGACGACCUGGAUCAAUUUCUAAUUCUGGUGUUUCAAAGGUCUUCAAGGGAAAGAAAAUGCCAGGACAAUUAGGAAACUUCUAUCGGACAACUAGGGGACUAAAGAUAUGGCAGGUCAAUGUGAAGCACAAUAUUUUAUAUGUACAUGGAAGUGUUCCUGGUCAUAGGAAUUGCUUAGUAAAGGUCACUGACACCGUUUUACCAACUUACCAAGAAAACCUUAAGAAUCCACCAUUUCCAACAUUUUUUGCUGAUUCUGAAGAGCUGCCUGAUGAGCUGUAUGAUGAAGAGCUUUUCCAGUUCACUGAACCCUCUAUUGCACUCUCUGAGUCCUGAAGAAUUAAUAGCUAUUCUACCUUCAGUCUUCAGAACUAAACAUGAAGCCCUCACUGAAGGGCCCUAUGACUUCUUUAAGAUGGUAUCCACAUAACGUGGAUCUUUAUUGAUUUCCAGAUCCACUAUUAAAUAAAAACAGUUCUUUGAAACUGAAGAGAAGCAUUCUGUAACGUUAACAAAUUAAUAUGAUUCAUAUAAUAAAUAUGUAUUUUUAAUGUUAUAAUUUAGAAAUAUCUGCUGGUUUGCACAUACCACAUUUCCUAUUGUGUAAAGCCAACUUUUCAUGACACAUAUCCUGAAGUCCUUUUUGAUUCAAAAGACAACAUCCAGUAGCUGAAAAGAAAUAGAACUUGCCUAAAAUAAUAUGAGAUUGAUAUAUGAAUUCAAUAAGAGUCUGUUUCAAUGAACUUAAUAGGGUUUGCUUCUGAUUAACAGCCACAUUUUUGUUAUGAAAGAAACAGAAGAUAAUGUGUGAAACAUCUCAAGGUUUACAUCUGCUUUCAUAUGAAGACAUAUUUUACUUUUUGCAGAACGCACUUAUUUCAACACAAAACAAUCCUCAAAUAUGAAGGAAAAUUGCUUUGAAAUUAUCAAUAUCAUUCUAAAAUUAUUUCUCCCUAAUCAUUCAUAGGGUCACCCAACCAUUAUGGGUGUGCUUUCUUGCUGAGAUAGCUGUCAUGUCUUGAGUGCUUAUGAAAAAUAUCUGGGUAGUUCAUAUGGAAAAAAAUGAUAAAGAUCGGUAUGACUCCUUAAUCAGUUCCACCAUAGCUCUUUGCAUGAAGAACUAGGGUGGAUCUGUGGCAGGCUUUUUUAAACUUUGAAUCAGAAGGAAGUUGCUCUGGAAGACCAGCAGUAAAGAAAGAUUUUUAAGAAUCUGCUUAAACAUUGCUUUUUGAGAAACCUGUUGAACUUUCAAGCAAUCCAAACCUACAAUAAAAGGAUCUUGUUGGAGCAGCUGCUUUUCUUUUGAUUUAUAUCAUUAUUAUUUUUUCUCCUUCCUCAUUUCCCCCCUAAAAUGAAGCUAGCUCAGGGCUGUCAAACUCCCGGUCCAUGGACUAGAUGCUCCUGAAGCCUCUGGAGGGCUUCCAGGGGGGC